CUCCAGGGUAGAGGCCCAGAUUCCAUUCUUUAUGGGGGGAAGGUUCCUGUAGCCCCAGCUGGCCUAGAACUCGCUGUGUAGACGAGGAUGGCCUGGAUCGCUCAGAGAUCCGCCUGCCUCUGCCUCCCGAGUGCAGGGAUUAAAGGCGUGCGCCACGCCCGGCUCUUACUCCACUCCCAGCAGGUUCGACUGUGCGCUCGGCACGGCCGCCUUGACCGCUAUUUGCAGUACUGGGGGCUCGAACCCCAGCCGCGCCCUGCGAGGCACACGCCGCGGGGCUCCAGCCCCAGCUCCAGCGAUCCCAGGGAAAACGGCGCGCAGUCGGGCUCGUGUUUGACCUUCCGGUCUGCGCGCAGUAAGGACGCAGCGCCGGCAUCCAGUCCUCAGGAGGCCCUCGUACCCUCCACCGCGGCGUCCCGGGCCCAGGCCGAAGCCUACCCGAGUCAGAUCGCGGCCCGGCCCUGCGCACAGGAGUUUUUCAGGUGGUUACCUCCCUGCACUGGGCCGUAUGUGUGAGCUGGACCAGAAUGAAUUUGCAGGUGCCAGUGCGGAGCAGUGAGGAUCUACACGCACACAGCUAGUUACUCAGCACCCAGCAGUCAGAAGAUGGAUGUUUCAUCUUGGAUUCUGCUGUGUUGUCCUUGGCUUUAACCGAGCCAGUCUCUUCUUGGUUAAAGUGAGUAUGGUGGCGCUGUACUUGGGAGUUUGACCGAGGGCGUCUCGCUGACGUGGCUGCUGCUGUCUGACCAGGUUUUUGCCAUCUGUGGAAACUCACCUGUAAUUCACCUUUCUUCACUGAGGUUUUGGGAGUCACACCAAGGUGAGAAGAUAUGAAUGAACAUCCUAAAAAAAGAAAGAGGAAGACGUUACACCCUUCCCGCUACUCAGACGCCCCUGGCAUAAGCAGAAUCGCAGACGGAUUCAGUGGCAUCUUCUCUGAUCAUUGUUACAGCGUCUGUUCCAUGAGACAGCCAGACUUCAAGUAUUUUGACAACAAAGAUGAUGAUUCUGAUCCUGAGACAGCAAGUGACCUGCCCAAAUUUGCAGAUGGAAUCAAAACCAGAAACAGAAAUCAGAGCUCCCUGGUUCCCAGCCCUGUGCUCAGGGUUCUAGAGCGCACUGCCUUUUCUGCAGAAAAGUCUGCUGAUGUUGAAAUUUGUGAUGAGGAGUGUGGCUCUCCGGAGCUCGUACCCCAGCAGACUCAAGAGGAGGGCCCUCUCGAGGUUCACGCUGCCGAGGACGUCCCGAUCGCAGUAGAAGUGCAUGCCAUUUCUGAGGACUAUGACGUGGAGAACAACUCCUCUGAGAGCCUCCCAGACCAGACUGAGGAGGAGCCUCCAGCUAAACUCUGUAAAAUUCUUGACAAGAGCCAAGCCUUGAAUGUGACUGCCCAGCAGAAGUGGCCUCUACUGAGGGCCAACAGCAGCGGCCUCUACAAGUGUGAGCUGUGUGAGUUCAACAGCAAGUACUUCUCUGACCUGAAGCAGCACAUGAUCCUGAAGCACAAGCGCACCGACUUGAACGUGUGCCGCGUGUGCAAGGAACGCUUCUCCACCCGCGUGCUGCUUAUCGAGCACACCAAGCUCCAUGGGGAGGACCCCUACAUCUGCAAGUAUUGUGACUACAAGACCGUGAUCCUGGAGAACCUCAGCCAGCACAUCGCCGACAUCCACUUCGGCGCCCACCUGUACUGGUGUGAGCAGUGUGACGUGCAGUUCUCCUCCAGCAGCGACCUGUACCUGCACUUCCAACAGCACAGCUGUGACGAGCAGUACCUGUGCCAGUUCUGUGAGCACGAGACCGGCGACCCUGAGGACCUGCACAGCCACGUGGUGAACGAGCAUGCCUGCAAGCUGAUCGAACUGAGCGACAAGCGCAGCGGUGCCGAGCACGGCCGGUACGGCCUCCUGAGCAAGAUCGCCUUCGACAAGUGCAAGAACUUCUUUGUGUGUCAGGUCUGCGGGUUUCGGAGCCGACUUCACACGAACGUGAACAGGCACGUGGCCAUUGAGCACACAAAGAUCUUCCCGCACGUCUGUGACGACUGUGGGAAGGGCUUCUCCAGCAUGCUGGAGUACUGCAAGCACCUCAGCUCACACUUAUCUGAGGGCAUCUACUUGUGUCAGUACUGUGAGUACUCAACAGCACAGAUUGAAGACUUGAAAAUCCACCUCGAUUUCAAGCACUCCUCCGACCUGCCUCACAAAUGCAGCGACUGCCUGAUGCGGUUUGGAAACGAAAGGGAGUUAAUCAGUCACCUCCCAGUCCAUGACACAACCUGACUGUUCUCGCUACAUAGUGUUUAUGGAAAAGAAUAAAUGUCUUUUUUUGAGGUGUGAAAAUGGA